AGAGUUGAAUCACCCUCCCCGCUGACCAAUUGGUGGGGGGCUUGGAACCUUACGUGAUGGGAUUCUGCGAAAUUGUUACUGAGCAAGAGCAUGCCGGAACAGUGAGGAGCGGCAGGCGAGGGGGGAGUGAAUCAGGCAGUGGGCGGGCAGGGGGGCAAGUGUCUUGUAGACCUGGAGCUUUGCUGUUUCAACAGAGCGUCUUGAUGAGUGGGUGAAUGUGCAGGGAAUUCUAACGAAGGCAAAGCGGCUGGGUGCAUUUCCAGAGCUCCUCCUGCGAUUAUUAUUUUUUUGGGGGGAAGGGGGAAACACACCACCUUGGGUCCUUUUAAAACGUUGGAUUACUUGAAAUUACUACUAGUGACAGUAUUUCCAAGAGAUCCUUAUUAUAGCCCGUCAAUGUGCUUGUCAUUCGGAGUGAAUUGAAAUCUGGAGUUUCUGGUGAUCACGAGUAAGGGGUCUAGGCGUGCAAGAAGCUCCAGUGUAGCAGCAGAUUGUGGAUGCUGCCUUUGGAGUCAUGGAUUGUUAUAUAAAGAUCAGUGGCUGAGUUCGACUCCUUGCUUGGAUACUAACGCACACCGCCCCACCCCCUCGCUGCUGAUCUUGCAGGCUGAAGGCACCAGUGCGCUGAUUAAAAACCCCGGGGGGUACGACAGAGAAGUUUCGGUGCCUGGAUUUUGGUUCUCUUCUUUGGUGGUUACUCGUCUGCAAAAUGUCAGCAGUUGCCUACAUGGAUUUUGUUGCUGCUCAGUGUCUGGUUUCCAUUUCCAAUCGCUCUGUGGUACAGGAACAGGGGGCUCAGGAUGCAGAGCUACUGAAAAUGCCUGAUGAAGAAGUGACCAAGGACCUAAAUGACCCCAGGGAUGCCUGGAAGGAUUAUUGCACAUUGGUCACAAUUGCUAAAAGCUUGUUGGACCUGAACAAGUACAGACCCCUCCCAACCCCUUCCAUCUGCAGUGACAGUGUAGAAAGUCCAGAUGAGGAUGUAGGAUCAGACAGCGACGUGACCACUGAAUCUGGGUCGAGUCUUUCCCACAGCCCAGUGGAAAGACAGGAUUCUGGCAGUGUGCCCAGCUCUCUCUCUCUCCUCCACAGUGGAGUGCCUGCAAAGGGGAAACUAGCCACUGAAAAGAGACACAAGUGUCCAUACAGUGGAUGUGGCAAAGUCUAUGGAAAAUCCUCCCAUCUUAAAGCCCAUUACAGAGUGCAUACAGGUGAGCGACCAUUCCCGUGCACAUGGCCCGAUUGCCUUAAAAAGUUCUCUCGGUCAGAUGAGCUGACUCGACACUACAGAACCCACACUGGUGAAAAGCAGUUUAGGUGCCCUCUCUGUGAGAAGCGGUUCAUGAGGAGCGAUCACCUGACAAAGCAUGCCCGUCGCCACACUGAGUUUCAUCCAAGCAUGAUUAAGAGAUCAAAAAAGUCAAGCUCCACCUCAUUUUGAAUGAUGGACUACACUGGGGGGAAAAGACAUUGGUAAAGGCAUAACUGAUCAGCACAAGAAAUCUGCCACUGUACAGUUAAUAUUCCCUACUUGCAUUUUUAAAGCACAUGUAGCUGAAAUUUAAAAUAAAUAUUUUGUCCCCCGUGCUGAUAACAGUCUUAAAUGAGUGACUGCUGAGUGAGGUUGGGGGCAAAGAUGGGGAUCAGAGCAGAUGAUUAAUUUCUUUUGUAACUUAAAGAAUCAACACUGGUGUAUAUAUGUCUGACUGGGUGGUCUGACCUGUGACUCCACAAUAGUGAUUCCAAUGUCUUUGUGAUUGCUGUGUCAUAAACAUGUUUUGUUGAACAAUGUAAUGCUGCUUGUAUUUAAAAUUUGUUAAGGAAAACCACUUUCCAAAUCACUUAAAUAAUUCAAGUAAAACUCCAUAGCGCACAUUUUAGAAGUGGGUUCACUUCCAUCUCAGAAUGAUCCAUCAUUUGAAGACUGUUAAUAUAUUACAUAUUACUAAUAAUACCUGAUUGAUAUACAAAAGUAAGUUGAAUUUAUACUAAAGAAAACUGGGUCUAAUUUUUCUUUGUAUGAACUAUACUUUUGAAUGUUUUUCCCAAUAAAAUUGUGUACAACUUAAGCGGAUACUUUAAGCAAAAAAAAAAAGGCAAAACUCUGACUUUUUCUGACAUCAUGUGUAUUUAGCUCUAUUAUUCAGUAACCAGAAAAAAAAAAUAAGUCAGCCUAAAUAAUGUGGCAGGAGUAUGAAAGGAGAAAUACGCUUCUCUGAAUUGUUCCUAUAGUUUCAUUUGACAGUAUAUGCCGUACUGUACUAUAUAAAUGCCACUAACAGUGCUUUAUUCUGUUUUAUUUGAAUGGAUGCACAACAGCAACUACCAUCUUUAGAAACUGCUGCUUUUUUAAAAAAUAAUUCUCUUCAUACACUUGCCUUAAAGAUUUAUUCUCUUCAUACACUUGUCCAACUCCUAUAAAUUCCAGUGGGAGUUGUGUGCGCUAUGGAGAGACUAGAUCUUUCCUUAAGAGCACUCUGUUAAUGCAAAUAGGUAAGUCUCCUUUAUCUUUUCAUAGGUGUUAUAUAGAGUUGAGGGGGGAAUCAUGAGAUAAUUAGAACUACAAUGAAGAAGGCAUGUCAUAUUAUUCCUUAUGACAUGAGCCUCGCUCCUAGAUACCUUGUAUAGUACUUGCGUGUCAUAUACAAUAUAUUUUAUUAUAAUGGCAAUAUUACAUUUAUUUAAAAGUUAUGACAUCAUUGAAGGAAAACUGAAGAUCAUUUACAUUAUCUGAGUUUUCAUCUUUGUUAAGUUAAAAGCAUGAACUUUAAGAAAAAUGUAUUAAGGAUUUUUCCCUCUUUAUCCACUUGUAUGGUGGAGAAUUAUGUUUACACACUUUUCUUUCCAGAAGCAUUCUUCUGGUCUUGUUUUUACCCCUCCUUCAAAAGAAGGAAGGUGAGGUGCAGCCCUAUUACAGACAUUCAGGGCCAAAUUCAUCUCUGAAUUAACUACAUUGAAGUCAGUGGUGUUACACUGGGAUGUUAUUUGGGUCCUCUUGUAAAACUUUGUAUAUAAAAUAUUGUUAGUACACCUGCAGCUACAGUUAUCUUCUUGUUGUUUCACUUGGAAAAAAAGCUUGCUUCCUAGAAAUAAACAAAAAUAGACUCAGAAGUAGAAUAUUUUCUUCUACAGUUAUACCUGGCUUCCAGCUUGAGAGAGCAGUUUGUCUAUAGCAUUUUUACUUGUGUAGUUCAUUAGAAAUUCUGUCUAUGUGAAGAGAACUGCUUUUAAGGCAUUAGGGAUAUUGAGCAGUCUGUGGAAUAAAAAGGGAGGCGUUUUCUUCAGUGAAGACAUCAGGAAACCAAGCACACUUUCUACCUCCGUUUCAGCUUUUUGAAACAGUUAUUUUAAGAAACAAGCAUUAAUUUCUGGUGUCCAAAAUAAGUUGUAGGGACAUUUGUUCUUCCUAAUAAAAUAGAUAGGCCUGGCUAUAUCUAUUGACCCAGUAUAAAAAAUGUAUUCUGCUUACCAGUACUGUAACUGCUGCCUUGGGGUCAGGACCAUGUGGUAGCCCAGCAACUCAAAGUAAUAUUUUUAGACUCGUCCUCCCCUUCUCUAUUAAAAAAACCAAACCUUAAGAACAGAGUUUAGAGUCAAUUCUAUAAUCCAGCAGCUGUUCUAUGUGUACUGUUGCCAUUAUGUGGGACAAGUGCAGUACUUAGCAAAUUAGGGACUGAUCAUGUGAGAUGCUGAGUGUCCUUCCCUACUAUUGACUAUGUUGGGAGCUGUGGGUAAUCAGCACCUCUUAAAAAAAUCAAAAAACAAAAAAACCCAGGCCAUUUAACUACCAGUAGCAGCUUAAAUAUGGAUAUAGGUGUCGAACUAUAGGCACCAAGCUCAAACAUUUGGGGCAGAAUGUUCUUUAAAACAAAUGUCACUAAACUGUUUUACAUGUUAUAAAAAAAAUGUAAGGUACUCUCACAGGUACAAAAAUGGAAUGUAUAAACUCAUGUCUAUAUUUGUCAGAAGAUCCUGUCUAUAAAAAUUCCCAAACAGAAACCAACAUUCUAAUUUGCUUUUAUACAUACUGUAUCUCAGUCCAGUCCAGAUGGGAUUAACAUGAUUCAUUAACCACUAACAAAAUACGUUGAGUAAAUUUUUGGUGUGUGUGUUUUUUUUUGUUUUUUUUUUUUUUUGAGUGAAAGCAGACAAUGGAUAUAACAUACAAAACAAAUUGCAGGAUAGUCCUUUGUAUUUUAAACUGAAUUUCUGUAAGAGAGACUGUUGCAGGUGUUGGAAAAGAAAGAAAAAUCAGGUUCUCUAAUACUAUAUGUACUUGUCAUACUAUUCGGGAAAUACUUAAUAGUGCUGAAGUUAGGACAGCUCCUCUCCUCAGUUAAGAAAGCCCUUCACUAUUGCAUAGAGAAGCCAAGGCUUUAAAGGUAUAGCUUAUACAACAUACUACUUUUGUGAACAAUUUUUGAUGACAUACAUAAACAAUUCUACUUUCAGUUUGCAGAUGGACUUUGUUCAGUACACACCAGACCGGACAUGUUCUUCAAAAUGCUGUUUUAUUACAGAUUAAUGAUCUGUACAUUGUAAAAUACCAACCUUUACAACAAUUUAAUCAGUUUUAUUUUUGUACAGUAUUCGUAUCCUUUAUAAGUUAUUUCGCUGUCCUGUUUUGUAAAUCACAUGAACUUGUAAAAAAAAGUAGGCAUAGGUGUUUUUGUACAUAUGUAUAUAAAUUGUCCAAAUAAAGAAAGGAAUAAAAAAAA